CAGAAUGGUAAAUAACGCUGAUCAUCUCUAGAAAGGAUAUUGCUUCACCUCAUGUAAAGUAUGCUCAAUUCCCUCCCAGUGGUAAUUGCUGGUGUCAUGGACUUAGAUGACCUUUGUAGGUCAUUUACUGCCGUAAUUGCAUGAUUAUGUGCUAAAAUUUGUUGGAAACCAUGUCUCACUAUACAGAUGAACCCAGAUUUACCAUAGAACAGAUAGAUCUGCUUCAGCGCCUUCGGCGUACUGGAAUGACUAAACAUGAAAUCCUCCAUGCCUUGGAAACUUUGGACCGUCUUGAUCAAGAGCAUAGUGACAAGUUUGGAAGAAGGUCCAGCUAUGGAGGAAGUUCAUAUGGGAAUAGUACCAACAAUGUUCCAGCAUCUUCCUCUACAGCUACAGCUUCCACACAGACCCAGCAUUCAGGAAUGUCCCCAUCGCCUAGCAACAGUUAUGAUACCUCCCCACAGCCUUGCACUACCAAUCAAAAUGGGAGGGAGAAUAAUGAGCGAUUGUCCACAUCCAAUGGAAAGAUGUCACCGACUCGCUACCAUGUAAACAGCAUUGGCCAGAGGUCAUACAGUUUUGAAGCCUCAGAAGAGGACCUAGAUGUAGAUGAUAAAGUGGAGGAAUUAAUGAGCAAAGAUGAGGAUUUCUACCUUCAACAUACAUUGUUGGUCUUGUCUUCUGUUUUUGUUAGGAGGGACAGCAGUGUGAUAAAAGAGGAAAUCAAAGCCUUUCUUGCCAAUCGGAGGAUUUCCCAAGCAGUUGUUGCACAGGUAACAGGUAUCAGUCAGAGCCGGAUCUCUCACUGGCUGUUGCAACAGGGAUCAGACCUGAGUGAGCAGAAGAAAAGGGCAUUUUACCGAUGGUAUCAACUGGAGAAGACAAACCCUGGGGCUACACUAAGUAUGAGACCGGCCCCCAUUCCAAUAGAAGACCCAGAAUGGAGACAAACGCCUCCCCCAGUCUCUGCUACAUCAGGCACCUUCAGAUUACGGCGAGGGAGUCGAUUUACCUGGAGAAAGGAGUGCCUCGCUGUCAUGGAAAGUUACUUCAAUGAGAACCAAUAUCCAGAUGAAGCAAAGAGAGAAGAAAUUGCAAACGCUUGCAAUGCAGUUAUACAGAAGCCAGGCAAAAAGCUGUCAGACCUGGAGCGAGUUACCUCCCUGAAAGUGUAUAAUUGGUUUGCCAACAGGCGGAAGGAGAUCAAGAGGAGAGCCAAUAUCGAAGCAGCAAUCCUGGAGAGUCAUGGGAUAGAUGUACAGAGUCCAGGGGGCCAUUCCAACAGUGACGAUGUCGACGGCAACGACUACUCAGAGCAGGAUACUUGGCAAGUACGCAAUGGGGAGGAGGAGGAGGGAAGAAGUUCAGAGGGAGUCAGAGAAGCAGAGAAGGAUGACAGCACUAGCCAUAGUGACCACCAGGACCCCAUCUCACUAGCUGUGGAAAUGGCAGCCGUCAACCACACGAUCUUGGCAUUGGCCCGACAAGGAGCCAACGAAAUCAAGACAGAGGCCCUGGAUGACGACUGACCGGGGAGGGCGACCGUGAGAGUAACUUAGUUUAGACGUAGCACCUUAGCAGACUUUCCUCGGUCCUUAACACGUGUUCUCACAGUAUAACUUGCAGUUUCUUGUAUGUCAGUUAGCCGUUAGGGUCUUCUUGUUCUGUGAAGAUGGCAUGGUGCCCUCAGCCUUUGCAUAUACUCUCUCAGUAUUAAUUCCCAGUAAAUAAUAAGCAACCAACCAACCACACUUCCCUCUCCCGGCCCCAAGGCUAGAAAUUUCGCUGCUCCGUCUUAGCAUUCCAAGAAAGUGCUUCCAGGUAUUUAGAUAGCCCUCCGGGCCUCAGACACUAGGCUACAUGCAAACCGCGGGUGCCGUAGAUCCCUGUCCCACCGUCUGUCCCCCUUCCCUCCUCGGCUGAUAGGAUGCAGGCUGAGGCAGUGUGGCCCGGGACUGACGGCCCAGGUGGGGAGUGUCCACAGUGAAAGGAGCACUAGAGCCCCACCUCGGGGUGGGGGUCCCUGAUUUCUAGCUUCAACAAGCCGUGCCUCACAACAGUCACACUGGGGCUGGUGACGCCUGCCGGGCUGUGCUGGGCCUGCAGCGGGAGAGCCCCAGCUCAGAUUUAGGUGAUGGUAACAUGCCUGACAGACAUCCAGUCCUCUCACGCUGUGUGACUCAGUAGAUAAAAUACUGCCUUCUGCCUUUGGGACCAUGAUUAAAACAAACAAAAAAAGACAAAAAUAGAAGUCACUUAAAAACACCCCCAGCUUGAGAGGCCCUGGGAAGUGACACGAGCUGAGUGUGUGUGGAGGCCACGCCCAGCUCAGAACCACUGUCUGUCAGGCGUGGCACGGCCCGCCUGUCUGGGAAAGUGCCGGAGUCGUCAGGAGCUGCUUUGCCUCCUGCAUCCCCUUCCCUGCCGCCAAAAAAAGUCUUUCAAGGACGAAGCUAAGGUCAAAAACGAGUGAACGAACUUUCAGUCUUUGUGUCCAGCACCUGAAGCCCCCGCGAUGUGAGGGGUUCAGAGGACUUUACGGGGGGUGUUGCUGACUGACUGUCACAGAUGCGAACUUCCCGACACAGGAGCAGGAAAGACAGGACGUUUGCCGCUUAGGCGGUGGGUCUGCGUGACACGACGGGUGUGACUGCUUUGGUGUUCUCUUUACUCUGUCCUUGGAGCCGUGUGAAAAGCUGUAUUGCUACAGGCAAUUUAUUUAAUAAUUGGAAGCCAUAUUGAUAAUGGAUGUGGUAAUAUUUGUAAAGUUUAAUCUUCUUUAAGCAGCAGUAACCUAAUGGAAUUUUUUUCCUUGAUCACAUAUGUAGCACUUUUGUUACUUCUUAAAGAUAUUUAUAUUUGAUAAAUCUUUUUUUCAUUUUGAGAACUCAAAAUACCAAACAGUGAACUUGCGUUAUAAAGUCACCCUGUGAUCACCUUGUCAUCUAGUAGCAAAAAUGAUGAACUAUUCAUGCAUCGAAGAAAAUUACAUCUGCUGGCCCUGUAUGAAAAUGAUCUCUCAGCAUCCCGAUUAAAUGACACGCUGUCACUGCGGUAAGGAAACGGCCCUCCCCUCGGGUGUCAGCGGAGGGCAUGUCUGAGAGGGGCAGCGCCGGCUACUCUCGCCCGGUCCACCUCUCCUUCCGGCGGACAAUGGGGCCUGUGUAAGGGGACUGUGGGCCCUUUUGUCCAUUACCUGAAAACGACUUCUAAGAUAAAAGAAGGUGCCAUUUCCUUACCUCUCCCCCCACCCCCCCAAAUGUAUUCAAUUUAAAACCAUUGAGAGAGUGAGACUUAC